UGGAUUUAAAGUCAGGAAUGAUCGUGGGGACGGAGACCAUGCUCCGGGGGAACGAGUCGUCAUGGAAGCUGGAGACGCAGUGUGUUGAGAAACUGCUACAUCGGUUGAAGGACGAGAAGAACCUCAUAAUCGCAGAGGUUGUGCAUGAUGAUUGUGGCGCGGUUGACGUCAUAUUGCGGCGAAUGAACAUUGACUCACAAAAGUGUAUGUGGCAUAAGGCGAAGACUUUGGUCAAACGCUUGCGAGAGGCUGUGCGCGUCACGAAGACUCUCAAACCAACUGCAGUCGGGGCUUGCAAGCAUGUGCGCGAGGUGAAGUGUUUCACAAAGAAGGAGCUCGAACUUUGGCUCGAAUCGAAAUGUGUACACGUGGCAGGGGUGUCCACGAGAAAAAAAGAUGAACUCAUUGAGAUUGUUUGGGGCGUGCUCUUCCCUGACGAAGCAGGGAAAGCAUUGCGAGAUGAUGUCGUCGAGAUCGGUGUGUUGCAAACACUGCAUUGCAAUGCGGCAGAGGAGGCGAAGGAGUGGUUGUACGGCGCUUGCAGGCUGCGCGAGCGCGCAAAGGAUGACGGUAGUGAUCUGUUCGUCACGCAUGUGCAAUACCUCGCCGAUCAUUGGGCCGGGGAUCACUCCUGUUGCGAUAAGGAGUUGUCCAACCUGUGCCAAGCGGCUGGGGGUCCGGACAGGGAUCCAUUGUCCGAGGCGGGGGGGCUUUUUGGCAGCCCUCGGGUCAGGGAUUGGGCACGUAACAUGUUGCAGCAAUCGGACGCCGACGACCCAGUUAUUGAGCAUUAUGAUGAGGAAGCCGAUUAUGGACUCCCUGAUGUCGUUGAGAGUGCGGUGGAGGGUGUUGUGGCCGAAGGUGACGAUGUUUACGUUGAGGCGGGAAGCCAAGGUGCUUCAGAUGACGAAAAAUCGUCUUCUGACUCCGACACCGAUGGUGCCGCUCACCGCCUCGACUUUGACGGCGCCGUUCUUUCGCAGGAGGUGUCCGUUGCGCAAGAGUGACAGUGUCACGUACUAUAUCGAUGCCCAUUGUCGU